CGGCUGGCUGAGGCGGCACCAUGAAGAGGAGAGCAGGGGAGCGGGAGAAAGAACUGAAGAAAAAAAAGCUUCUUGAAGAACUUGGAGAGAAUAGACUUCCAUAUAUGACACCAGCCGAUGCUGAUUUCCAUCAGUUGUGGAAGACCAAAUAUUCCAAGCUGAUUUUCAGAAAAUCUGAUAGAGUACCUGAAGAGCUCCAUCAAAUGGUACAAGAAGGCUUUCUGACCUUGCGAAAACACGAUUGUUUCUUUCAAGAUCUUGUAAGGAUCAAAGGAAAAGAUUUUGUUACCCCAGUGUCUCGUAUAUUAAUUGGAAACCCAGGAUGCACUUACAAGUACUUGAACACAAGAUUAUUUACAGUUCCUUGGCCUACUGAAGGUUAUGAUAUAAAAUAUUGCAGUCCUCAAAUACAUGAUGCUUGUAAAGCAUUAAUCAGACUUAAUGACUUCUUGCAUAUUGAAGCAGUCAAGGCACUACAAGGACAAAAUUUGUUUGAGACUGAAGAAAUUAAAGAUACUACUGUAAUAGAUAGGGAGCAAAAUUUUGCUACUUGUCUUAUGGAGAAGGGGUCUGUUUCAAAAGAUCAAAGCAGUUGUGUACCAGAGGCUGACGACAUAAGUCUAAAGAACAGAACAUCUUAUAACUUGACUUUAUUAAAUUAUAUGGAUCCACUACAAAUGCUGUACUUGAAACAAGAACCUUAUUUUGGAAUGGGGAACAUGGCAGUGAGCUGGCACCAUGACGAGAAUCUGGUUGAAAGGUCAACGGUUGCUGUGUACAGUUAUAGCUGUGAAGGUUCAGCUAUGGAAGAAAGUAAUGAACAAAACCUGAAGGGAAGAGACCCAGCUGUUUGGCACGUAGGCUUGAAGGUAGCAUGGGACAUAGAGACACCUGGAUUAGCAAUACCACUUCACCGAGGAGACUUCUACUUGAUGCUUGAUGAUCUCAAUAUGACACAUCAGCACUGUGUUCUGGCUGGUUUUUCACCUCGAUUCAGCUCAACUCACAGAGUGGCAGAUUGUUCAAGAGGAACGUUGGAAUACAUAUUUGGACAAUGUGAACUGGCACUCCAGAAUUUACAGACUGAUUCUGAUUCAAUGGCUUUAUCUUUGAAAUCACUGGAAACUGCAGUUGUAAAGCAAGUAGAAGAAAUACAUAAUGAGGUUGAAUUUGAGUGGCUUAGGCAGUUUUGGUUUCAAGGCAAGCGGUAUUUGAAGUGCACUGAUUGGUGGCUUAAGCCUAUGGCUAAAUUAGAAGAAUUUUGGAGAAAAAUGGAGAUUAUGACAAGCCUGGUCCUCUCUGAAGUUGGAAAAGAGGAACAAAUUGAGGAACAAAGGAAUGAAACCAUCAGCUGCUUCUUGCUAGUUCUUAUUGAGCGACAAAAGCUGCGUAAAGAAUGGACAGCAAGAUGCCAGUCAGAAGCAGCAGAGAGCUUGCCAGAAGACCAGAAACCGGAGUGCCAUCCCUUCUGGACAGAUGAAGAACCAUUAGAUAACCCGUUUCCAUUUUGGAUGAGCUGAAAGACAGCCUCUAAUGGAUGCUCUGUGAAUAGCAACUGCUUGCCGAGUCUGGAUGCUCUAAAGGCAUGAGGACCAAGGUCAGUUUUUUUCAGGGAAGAGGCGAGAGCACAAAUUAGCUUCUAACAUUAGAUUCAGUGAUUCUUUUUAAAUGGUAAAGU